CUGCUUUGUUCCGCUUUCGUGCAUCUCAGACUUCUAACAGCAGGUAAGGGUUUCCUAGAAACUGGGCUACAAUUGACCGAUGCAAACAAAACGCAGGGUGUCCCAAGAGCUUUUGGAUGGUGAUUAGUCUGAUUGGGUAAUGAUUAGUCUUAGCUCAAAAAUUCACCACGGCCAAGAGACCGAGUAGACAAAGCAGCUGUUUGCACUCGUCGGGCCUCAAGGAAGGGGAGCAUGAUGGGAAAAGAGGAGCGACUACAAGCCCCAGCAUGCAGUGCGCAAUGUGGCGGCUGGAAAGAGAGGCCCGCGGCGUUUCGCUGCCCGGCCUCGGCCCAGAAAGCUGGCGCAGCGUGAGAUGUUGACUGUCGGCCGAUCAGACUGCUCAGAAUGAGGAAGACAAGCGGAGCACUGUAAGCGAGUCCUUAGGUCUCGUAUGCAUUACACUCGCUGCUUCGGGAGGGUCCCCUAGCAUGCAAGGGAGUGGGGUCUCCGUGGGCCAGCCUGUUGCGUCCAUUUCGGGUGGGACCUCCAAGGUCCUAGAGGUCCUGCGUUGCCUCGGGACGCCCGCAGCCGGAUGUGACAUUGCGGUGGAGGAACAAGGGAGAGGCGGAGCGUGGUGCGGUGACGUCCUUCCACUAUGGCGGAGAGAGAGUGAAGAAACUGUUUCCCCGUUUGGGUUGCUGUAGGUGAGUUCGGUACUCCCAGCCCGCCAUCCCCACUUUCUCCAGGCCCUGCACCAUCGGAGGGUAGACUCUUCAGAGUUCGAGCUUAGGUGGGAGCGAAGAUGUUACCGUGGAACGUUUGGGUGAGGCAGCCCCGGUGUUGGCCUUGGCCACAGCCUCUGCUGUGGGAAUUCGCGAGAGUGGGAGCGGGGCGAAAGGCAGGGCAGCAGAAGCCAGGAGAGCCCUGGCUUGGUAGUCAUUUCCCGAUGCCGUCUCGAGUGGAGAUGAGGAAGAGACGGGUAUGUGGCCUCCUUGGGGCGAGUGACGGAACCUUUGACAACCUUUGGCCCUGGUCAUUUCUCCGCCCCUUGGGCACCCGCCCAGCGCACUGAAGCGACUGUUGGCACCCUGGAAGCUAACAGGUUUCGGUGAUUUGAGAGCAAUUUUAAAGAACUCGUAUCGUCUUUUCUUCAUCUGCCCGAGGAAUCAUUUUUUAAUGGUUAGUUUGUUUUAUUCUUAACGUAUGUAUGCCUACUGAUGUUGAAAGUCUGAAGGUUAGUCUGAUGUAAAAGCGUGAAAUUUUGCGGUGCUUUUUUUUUUUUCAGUUGGUGUUGAAAACACUUUCAAGAAAUGUUUCCAUUCAUAGCCAUUUAUUGAUAUGUCCAGGUGAUUGUGUUAUUUGGCCAGGAUGAAACAUAGCUAGAAAGGAACUUAACCCUUAAGCAUUUUAGCCAUAUCUGUUUAACCAGAAUUUUCUCUGGGGAUAUGUUAUUUUUGUUCAUGUUAUGUCCUGUGUCCCUUCUCCCUCACGAGUUUCUUGGUUGAAACGUUUGAUGAAAACUUAGGAUUACUGAUUUACUAUUUCUUUUUGUCUUUUAGAACAAGGGUAAAAUUCUUUCUGAUAUCAGAAUGCAUUAUUCGCACCACUGUGAGCACCUUUUAGAGAGACUGAACAAACAGCGGCAAGCAGGCUUUCUUUGUGACUGCACCGUAGUGAUUGGGGAAUUCCAGUUCAAAGCUCAUAGGAAUGUGCUUGCCUCGUUUAGUGAGUAUUUUGGUGCGAUCUACAGAAGCACUUCUGAGAACAAUGUCUUUCUUGAUCAGAGUCAGGUGAAGGCUGAUGGAUUUCAGAAACUGUUGGAGUUUAUAUACACAGGAACUUUAAAUCUUGACAGUUGGAAUGUUAAAGAAAUUCAUCAGGCUGCUGACUAUCUCAAAGUGGAAGAGGUGGUCACUAAAUGUAAAAUAAAGAUGGAAGAUUUUGCUUUUAUUGCUAAUCCCUCUUCUACAGAGAUAUCUAGUAUUACUGGAAACAUUGAAUUGAAUCAACAGACUUGUCUUCUUACUCUACGAGAUUAUAGCAGUCGGGAGAAAUCAGAAGUGUCUACAGAUUUAGUUCAGGCAAAUCCUAAACAAGGAGCUUUAGCAAAGAAGUCAUCUCAAGCUAAGAAGAAGAAGAAGGCCUUUAACUCCCAGAAAGCAGGGCAGAAUAAAACAGUGCAAUAUCCCACUGACAUUUUAGAGAAUGCAUCUGUUGAAUUAUUCCUAGAUGCAAAUAAACUGUCCACACCUGUAAUAGAACAAGUUGCACAAAGAAAUGGUAAUUCAGAACUCGAGUUGACGUCAGUUGUGGAAAAUACUUUUCCAGCACAAGAUAUUGUACAGACUGUUUCAGUGAAACGGAAACGUGGAAAAUCACAGCCAAACUGUGCUCUGAAAGAACACUCUAUGUCUAAUAUUGCCAGUGACAAGAACUCUUACGAGCUGGAGAGCUCUGGGGAAGAGUUGGAUCAGAGGUAUUCCAAAGCCAAGCCAAUGUGUAAUACAUGUGGGAAAGUGUUUUCAGAAGCCAGCAGCUUGAGAAGGCACAUGAGAAUACAUAAAGGAGUCAAACCUUAUGUCUGCCACUUGUGUGGAAAGGCAUUUACACAGUGUAACCAGCUGAAAACACAUGUAAGAACUCAUACAGGUGAGAAGCCAUACAAAUGUGAAUUGUGUGAUAAAGGAUUUGCUCAGAAAUGCCAGCUAGUCUUCCAUAGUCGCAUGCAUCAUGGUGAGGAAAAACCCUAUAAGUGUGAUGUGUGCAAUUUACAAUUUGCAACUUCUAGCAAUCUCAAGAUUCAUGCAAGGAAGCAUAGUGGAGAGAAGCCAUAUGUCUGUGAUAGGUGUGGACAGAGAUUUGCCCAAGCCAGCACGUUGACCUAUCAUGUUCGUAGGCAUACUGGAGAAAAGCCCUACGUGUGUGAUACUUGUGGGAAGGCAUUUGCUGUCUCUAGUUCUCUUAUCACUCAUUCUCGAAAACAUACAGGUGAAAAACCAUACAUAUGCGGUAUUUGUGGGAAAAGUUUUAUUUCCUCAGGAGAGCUCAACAAACACUUUCGAUCCCAUACAGGUCUGUGUUUAGGGAGAAUAUAUUAUUUUUUGUUCUGUAAUUUCUUUUUAUGUAAACCUUGACUUUUAAGCCAUUAU